AUGUCUCCUCAGCCACAAUCCACUGCCUCCCUUUUCUCUCAGUAAACCAAAAAAAAAAAAAAAAUAGCCGGAAUGCAAGAAGAAGGAGAGAUGGCGACACCAGGAGAAGUAUUAGGCAAAGCAACAGAACUAAAAGCAGGAAAAGGAGCCUACAUAGGAUCAUAUCGCGACACUGAUAUACAAUACGUCUUCUCUUCUCUCACUGGUCUCCGCCGCACUCUAUCUCCUUCUCCUGACUCUCCUGACCAGAGACCAACUGUUGAAGUAACUGGACACAAGGCACAUGGUGCUGUUCCGGAGCCUGGAUCUGUUGUUAUUGCCAGAGUUACUAAAGUGAUGGCAAAAACAGCUUCGGCUGAUAUUAUGUGUGUUGGUCCUAAGUCUGUGCAAGAGAAGUUUACUGGCAUAAUUAGACAACAAGAUGUAAGAGCAACUGAGAUUGACAAAGUGGAUAUGCAUUUAUCAUUUCGGCCUGGUGACAUCGUCAGAGCUCUUGUUCUAUCACUUGGAGAUGCACGAGCUUAUUAUCUUUCAACUGCGAAGAAUGAAUUAGGUGUUGUGUCUGCAGAGAGCGCAGCUGGUGCAACAAUGGUUCCCAUAAGUUGGACAGAGAUGCAAUGCCCAUUGACAGGCCAAAUUGAGCAAAGAAAAGUCGCCAAGGUUGGAAGUUGAAUACACUGAGUAAUCAAAUAGCGUUAAAUGUAACUUCUACUGAAUUUUUCUCAUAGAGGAAGUGCGAUUAGAAUUUGCAACUAGUGAGACAGCAGUGAUUUUUGUGUUUGGUUCAAGAUAUAUUGUUCUGGUUUAGGGAGUGCCCCAUCUGCCAAAUCACAUGGUGUGGUGUUGACAGUUAGAAGAAAAGACAAUUUGCCAGAUCUCCUUACGCCGAGCCAUUGUUAUCAAUGUAACAAUUCACCAAACCAGUCUUCAUUUUUCUUUUAUAUUAUGUUGCUCUAUGCUUUUGUUGUC